AUGUGCGGCAAUUCCAAGCUGAAGGGCUAUACUUCAAUGGUGAAGCUCCAAUACGGGCUCUCUCUGCACUGGAAGGCCACCAAGGGCAAACACAUCCACUUCGCCAUCCAAGCGCACCCGGGAUCCGCGGCGCACAAGGCGGGCUGGUUCGCCGUCGGCUGGUCGCCCAGCGGCGACAUGGGCGGCAGCAACGUCGUCGCGUACGAGACGGGCACAGGCACCGCGUCGCCGUACGAUCUCCAGGGGCAAUCCGCCGCCGUCGCCGCCACGUCGUGGGCGCCCGGGUCGCUGGAUGUUACCACCGGCAAGAAGGGCGGCAUUAUCAUCAAGUUCACUCGCUCGGCCGGCGAUGGCUCAUCCGUGAAGGUCCACAACAGUGGGGGAGCCAACAUUGUGUUCGCAUACGGACCUGACUCUAACGUCGCCCUGCACACCGAUGCGUAA